UUUCAAAGCAUGAAGGUUACCAUUGCAAGCAAAAAGCCAGUCGACGCGCUCCGAGCACACCUCGUUGCCACCAGCGGCCCUUUUGCCUCCAAGACGCGCGACUUUCACAAGCAAGUCCUGCUCAAGCGACGACUCCAGCAGAUUGCCAACUCGGCCUUUGACGUGCUGCAAAAUAGCGUCACGGUCGGCGGCCAAAGCUGGAGCGAGUACGACCCUAGCAAAGAAGCUCUCGAACCUGUGAAUCCGAGUUUAAAGUUGGAUCUUUCCGCGGCUGUGGUUAGCGUGAAUGAUGCCGUGCUCCGAGUCGCUCGUCUUCGCCGAUCUGCCCCUGAAGCAUUGCGCGACCGCACCCAAGCGCACAUUUCUACCAUCAAGGCUCAAGAUGAGCUGCUGCUUGCAGAGGACGUUGAAAACCGUAUUGUUGCACCGAUGAUGAAUCCACAAGAUGAUGACUCGUUUGGCGAGUCGCUUGCCCAGUUUACCGCAGCCACUCGAGUCUUGUCAGAUCUCCGUCAGAGUAUUCCAGACCUCAUCUCUCGCAGCAAACGCAUCACUCAGGCGUGCGAAGAUCAGGAACGAGGCGCAAAGCUGGACCAAGUCCUCCGCGAGCGCAACUCCCUCGAGUGAUUGAGCAAAUUUGUUAUCCUGUGUUCAUGAUGCUGCUUCUGGCGAGCCGCUUUGCCCACAAGCAAAGUGCGCAACUGAGACCAGUGUUGGAAAUUGAAGCGGGGAUGGUGGCUGGAGAGGGAGAGAGAGAGAAUGAGAAGUCGUGCAGAAUGAUGACAAACAAGUGUACAAAAUGAACAAAGCCGAGCUUCCGUC